AUGGGAAACGGGGUGCCAUUACUGAAUGAUUAUAAGCAAGAAUUUUUUUGGAAGAGAUUUCCGCAGACAGUGCUUGGAGGUCCCAAGCUACGGCUUGGCUAUGAUGCUCCUGUGUAUGUGUAUACUAAUCAAGUGGUCAUAUUUCUUAUACCAUGGAUUAUUGGUGGACUGCUCUCAUUAUUUGUUGAGCUUGACUUUUUGAAAGAUUAUGCCGGUUCUGCUGUUUUCGCUGCAAUUAUGUUCAUUUACGUACUGCUUAUCCAACUGAUUAGUUUAGGAAUACGAAGUAAACAGUCAUCGGUGAUAAAAAUCACUAAUCAAAAUAUUCUAGCAGAGGAUGAUGAAAUUGAUUUUGAGAGCUGCUGUGGAGUGGAAACCUUAGAAUUUAUUAUUCCUGGGAAGAAAUUCAAAGUGAAUGUUUUUUUCCAUGCUUUAUUCUCUGCUGUUAUGUGUGGUAUUGGGCUGUGGUAUCUACUGCCAUCUACGAGUAAUGCUUUAUACAAUAACACUGCAGUAACUGUAAUCCUCUUCAUUUUCGGUUGGAUUACAUUAUGUAUUGCACAAUAUUCAUUAACUGUUGCACCACCGCCUGAACCGGCUGUGUUUCGUACAACUGAUCCGUAUGAAAUUACACCACUAAUGAGGCCGUUCUAUGUAUUCCUGUUUGAAGUAGUCUUUUUAGUAGCCAUGUUCUAUUCUGACUUCUACAUGGUAGACUGGGUUUUACAUAUCCUAUUCCCCAUUUUACCAGUGUUCUGGAUUUUGGGGUGCCUACCACCUGUUGAUGCUCUGUUGUCAUGGACAUGUGAACAAAUACUAAUAUUCUUAUUAGGAGGCACUGCUAUGGCAAAUGAUUUAAGACUGUUUUGUAUGUUCCUUGUCUCAAUCACAGUGUUUGUGAUUGUAUUUCUCAUUGCAUUUUAUACCAACAAUACAAUGGCGAUAGUUUUGACGGCAGCCUGCACAGGAUACUUACUGAGUCUGGAUCUGCCAAACCUGGCUAGUCAGUUGAUAUCAAAGUGUAGAAAAAGACCUACCAUCGAACACAAACCUGUAGGUUUUGGAUGGAGUACAGGUUGGAAGGAGUGUCUUGUAUAUUUUGGAAUGUUUUUAGUUGUUGGUGCCAUCAGUGGUGUGUGUUCUAACAGCAUCAGUAGUUCCAACACGAGUAUAUAUAAUGCCUUGGGCUAUGCCAUAAUGGGAUUAUUGGUAUUGGCUAAGCUAUUAACAGAUGCCCAGCUUGUGUUUGUUGGAUUUGGAUUAUGUAGAAAUCCAUUGUACCCAUCAAGUACUCAGAGUAUGGUGCCAUACCAAAAGAGGAAAAAGGUCUUACAUGGAGUAGGUUAUAUUAGAAGAAUUAUUUUAGAUGCAGUUGGUCCAUUGGUGAUGGUAGCAUAUUUAUCAUUAUUUAUGAUUCCAAGUACCAGCUCCAUUAAUACUUUUAGUUUAUCUCUUGCUACAGUCAGAGCACUGAGAUGGUGUUGGCAGAGUACAACGCACUCUCUGCUAGAAAUCUCUAUUGUUCAUCUUAUCAACAUGGCAGUUGGUGUAACAACUGGUUGGUGGUACGAUCUUGGAAUGGGAUUACAGCUUUUGUUAAUUGGACUGAUUCGUGAUCGUUUCUAUCAGCUGUUGGAUCAGCUCUAUUUCAUAUUUGCUGUACUUAUUACAUCAUACUCAGAAAAGAAGCAAAGACGUUCUUCCACCAUUCCUAUGAUCAUUGUAUCUCUGUGCAUAUUUCCUAUUAUUCUGGCAGUCAUGUUUACAUGUGUUGCACUAUCAGCACCUCUCUUACCGCUAUUUACAUUACCUGUAUUCAUACUUGGUUUUCCUCGUCCAUUGAGGUCUUGGCCAGGACCUGUAGGCUCUUCUGCUAAUAUUUGCCCGGAUACAGUAUAUUAUCAACAAGUAACACCCCAGCUUGUAUCAUCUUUAAGAAUGUCAAUUGCAAGUGGUAGCCUAGGCGAUGUGAACAGUGGAUGUCACUAUCUACUCAGAUUUCAAGAUCGCAUGGUGUGGCUGCAGGUAUUAGAAAAAGGAUAUGGCUAUUGUACUUUUUCUGUGAAAGGUUUAGAGAUGCAAGAGACGUCAUGCCACACCGUAGAAGCAGGCAGAGUUGAUGAAAUAUUUGAAACUGCAUUUGAUAAUGAAAGAGGCGGUGCAUGUUAUCUCAACAGUUAUCCUUUUCAUACGCUGACAGCUUUAGAUGCAGUACCAGUUAACACAUACUCCGAUGCCAGGAAUGUACUCACUGGUAUUAUUGACUCACGGGAAACUUUAGCUAAUGUUGGCAAGUGCUUUCUACAGAGUCUAGUUUGGGUCAUGCUCCAUCAUAAUGUGCAGAAGAGUCAGAAGAGACAGGAUACACAGAAUGGUACAGCAGUUGAGAAGCAUGAUACAAGUCAAACCUCUCUAGUCCAUCACGUGAACACCCCUGACACAGUCCCGGAUACAUGGACAAGCAGAAAAGACAGUGGUAAACCAGAGAGUGUUAAAACCAGACCCCAGUCUAGGGCCAAGUCAGUAAAAUCAUGGAAUUCCUCGUUUGGUAGUUUAGAUAGCUGGGCAGAUGACAAUGAUUCUUUAGCUUUAGAUACCAUAGGUGACAAAACUAAAAAAGUAAAUCUUCUUGGUGGCCUGGAAACACACAAAAAAGAACCUACGCGAAAAGAAGCAGAACUUCCAGGGUUACUCACCAAUCUGAAUGAUGACGACAACAUGGAUGAUCUGUUUAAAGAACUUGAUUUUGGUAUGCCAGCAAUUGAUAAAAGUAUUGCCCAAAAACAACAACACAGUUUUGGACUUCCAGCUUUGCAUUCCAAUAGUGGUAUUAAGUUAGCUGGGUCUAUACAGUUCAGUUCACCAUAUUCAUCAAAACUAAGUCUCCCUCUGAAGUGGAGAGAAAUACCCAUAGAAAGCAACAGAAUAGCGUCGUUGCUGAAGGACUUUCCACAAGAUUGGUUUAAGCAUGUGCUGACAUUACUAGAUUUAUCAACCAGCAACAAGUCGUCAUCAGAAGUUGCUGCGGACAUUGCAAAUGACAGUGUGCUGUCCGAUACUUACAGACAAUUAGUCAUGGCAUGCUAUGCAGUGGUAAAUGUAUUUGGAUUGACAGGGACUGAUGCAGUGUCAAUGGGAGCUAGUCAUGUCUAUAGAACAUAUACUGGUGAUGUGCCAUGGUCACCUAGUUUAGAUUGGUUGACUGAAGAUAGUGAACUUUUAGAACUGGUGCUUAAAGCUUACAGGUUUGGUUUUAAGUUGGCUUAUGAUCAAGCAGUAUUGGGUGAGAUUGAAGGGACAGAUGAAUUGGUUGAAUAUUUACAAGAGUAUGAAAAUGAUUGGUACAUUGGAUGUGAGAAAGACAAGGAGUGGAGCAGUGGAGUCCUUCAGGGAAAAAACAAUUUAUUUUCUCUCAUGUACGACCCAGUAGAUGGUGUUUACAAUGGUAGAGUAUUAUCAAAACAACCUGUGAUGGCAUACGUAGGGAGGUUAAAUGCUGAAGUUAUACGUGGUUAUUGGGCAUCUCUAUCUCAAGAACUAUUCUACUACACCAAUGAUGAUGAAGAGAGAUACAGCAUCCAGGCACAUCCUGUAUUACUACGCAAUCUCACUGUACAGUCAGCUGAUCCACCUUUAGGAUACCCCAUCUAUGCAUCACCACCAAUAUCUAUUCCUACUUUGUAA